GGUGAAUUAAGCUGUAUACUUUGAUAGAGUCUGCUAAUAGAUUCAAUGACAGACCGAGCCCCUGAUGAUGAAGUUCGCUCAAUCAUCGAUGCUGUCGUCUCUCGCUUUCCCAAUCCUGAGUACGCAAACUGCACCACACAGACCGGCGAAACACCGCUACACUACGCUGCUCGGUUUGGAAAUAUAUAUGCAAUCAAAAGGCUAGACGAGGCUUAUGGGGAGCACUUGAACUGGAAUGCAGCCCGUAAUGAUGGCUGGACUGCGCUAGAUGAAGCUGACACCCGAGACUAUCAAGACAUCUCGGACCUUGGAUACAUGGCACGAGCUCGAUUUCAUAGAAGAACGAAGGAGACUGUUGCCUAUCUUCACGAAAGGGGAGUUGAAAGUAGACGAACUGAUGAGAGAACUCAUAGCUAGUAGAAAAUGUGCGGGAUAUAUUGCGUUCGACUACCAAAGGAUUCGAAAAUACCAUUGUACAUCGCCCCUAGUCCCUGGGGUUUGAAAAUCAUUACAAUGUUUGUUACCCAAAA